UAUAUGAGAACGUGCUCGACAACCUUCAACCACCAAAUUGUCUAAGGAAUCUGAGCAUAAAGGGUUACUGGGGUGCAAGGUCUGCAAUAUGGAUGAACAAUGUCAAUAAGAUCUUCAAUCUAGAGAAAAUCAAUUUGACAGGUUGCAUGGAGUGGGAAACUCUUCCACCUUUCUGGCAACUUCCUUUCCUCAAGUCACUGAAACUUUGUAACAUGCCGAAAGUAAAAUUGCUCGAAUGUAGAUUUAAUGGGAAUCUUAAAUACCACGCCUUUCCAUUUCUAGAGGUGCUACAUAUUGAAAAAUCAGAAGCAUUAGAGGCUUGGUUUGAGGCAUGAGUAGCUGCUGAAGAUGGAUGUUUGUUUCCUUGCUUAAUUAAACUGGUGCUAAUUAACUGCCCGAAGUUGAAAGAGUUGCCCUCUUUGCCUCCUAAGCUCGAGAGCUUUAGGAUAGAAUUUAUGAAGUGGAAGACUUUGAAUUUUUGUAGCAAUUCAAAUCCUAUUCCCCUUGAAUCAUUAUGGGUCCUGCACUGUCCAAACAUUACAUCUCUUCCUCUGGCUGACGAAAUAGCAAGACUUACGGCACUAAGACAUUUGAUAAUUGAAAAUUUCCCCAAUCUGAUCUCUCUCGGAGAAAUGCCAACCACUAAUAAUUGUCAUCUCAUGCUCAGCGAUCUUAGCAUAAGGGAUCCAUUGGUGCUAAAGGAGCCACUGAGAAGAAUCACCUCCUUAAAGGGGCUGACUAUUGAGUGUAAUGAUGAGCUGGUUUCAUUUCUAAAUGAGACGGAGCAGUGGUUUCUGAAAGAUAGGUCUUCUCUUUGUGACCUGGAAUUUUCAAAUCUCGAAUCCUUAGAACUUAAAAGGAGCGUUAUCGAGAGGAUGGAAGCUCCGAUCGGCACAAGAUUGCUCGCAUUCCUCAUAUCUAUAUUCAGCCCUGAUAAAAGUACAACGUGAAGAGAAGAUACAUAUUGAAGAUUGUUGCAGGCUAGAAUAUACGCGGCAAUAGAGUUAGAAUUUUACGUCUUAGCAUUGCACGAAUAUCCAGCUCAUACAUAGAUAACACAAGAUUUUUAUAAGGAAAACCUUGAAAAAGAAAAAAAACCACAGGGCCUGGCCCAGUUGAAAUGAUUCCACUAGAACCUGAGUAGGUUACAGUGGGCUGACUCGCCUCCAAGGACUGACUCGAGGAACAUCGCUUUAGAUGAGAACGUGCUCGACAACCUUCAGCCACCAAAAUGUCUAAGGAAUCUGAGCAUAAUGUACUACAGGGGUGCAAGGUCUUUCCAUUGCUAGAGGUGUUAAAAAUUGGAGGAUUAAAAGCAUUAGAGGAUUGGUUUGAGGCAGGAGUAGCUGCUAAAGAUGGAUGUUUGUUUCCUUGCUUAAUUGAAUUAUAUCUAUGUGACUGCCCGAAGUUGAAAGAGUUUCCCUCUUUGCCUUCUAAGCUCAAGAGCUUGAAGAUACGACUUACGUGGUGGAAGACUUUGAAUUUUUGUAGCAAUUCAAAUCCUGUUCCCCUUGAAACAUUAGAGGUCAGUCGCUGUCCGAACAUUACAUCUCUUCCUCUGGCUGAUGAAAUAGCAAGUCUUGCAGCACUAAGAUACUUGGAAAUUAGAGAUUGCCCAAAUCUGAUCUCCCUGGGAAGAUAUCAAGAAGUGGAAACCACUAAUAAUUGCCAUCUCAAGCUCAGCGAUCUCUGGAUAAGUGAUCCAUCGGUGUUGCUAAUGGAGCCAUUGAGAAGUAUCGCCUCCAUAAAAAUGCUGAAUAUUUGGGGGAAUGAUGAGGUGGUUUCAUUUCCAAAUGGGGCGGAGCAGUGGUUUCUGAAAGUUAGGUCUUCUCUUUCUGAGCUGCAAUUUUCAUCUCUCAAAUCCUUAGAGUCUCUCCCUUCCUCCUUGGAAAUAAAGCUUUUAUUCACUUCAGACACUAUCUAUUUGGGAUGUUCCUAUGCUUCGGGGGAAUUACCGAACCUUCCUCCCAAUUUACAACAUCUAUCAAUUGAGAAUUUUCAUCCAGAGUUACAUAAGCGCUAUCGCUAUCGAGAGGAUAGAGGUCCCGAUCGGCAAAAGAUUGCUCGCAUUCCGAAUAUCGAUAUUUAUACAUAAGAAAACAUUUUUUCUUCUUAUCUUAUCUUAUUUGUUUGAUAAGAAAUGUGAAGGAUAUAAUUUCAGCAUUAAUCAGUUUGUAUCACUUGACCGAUGUACUCAUUUUUGUAUAAAUAUAU